AACGUGUCUGAGAAAGACGUUAUGCUCAAUAUAGUCUACCAUGCCUAUGAGCUUUUCUUAGGUACGUAACGGAGUGGUUGGACUCAGCGCUUAGUGGUAUAUUGGAAAUAUCACCAACACUUCAGAUACCUCAUUGUUCUUUCAGAUCGGUUACCAACGCAAUUGGACUAGUAAAAUGUGAUAUUAAUAAUUUUUAUAGCAAUAAUCUGCGAAUAGCUCCGUGGUAUAGUCCAUAAACUACACUCCCAUCGUGCCUUAUUGGUUACAUAUAGAGUAAGGAUGCCCGUAAUGGCUAAUGGGUUUACAAUUUACACCAUUUAAAAUAACGGUGUAUCUAAUCUGAAUUCUGAGUUGUUAGGCGUAUCCAAUCAAAUAUAAAAUGGCGUGCGCUCCAACGUGAGCAUCUUUGCAUGUCUCAAACAACGUCCCUACGUUCGUGAAUACGUAGUCACCACAACAACUACGCGACACAAUUGCGCACUAGCAUACACACUGUUUAUGAUUUGAUAUUUUAAUCAAAAUAAAGUCUUAUAGUGUUAAAAGAGGAUUUAAAAAAACAUUUGUUGUACAGCAAUUUUGCAGCAGAAUAAUGCCUCCAAAGAAAAAGACAGUGAAAAAGAAUGUCAAAAAGUCUAACACCAAAAAGAAAACCGAUGAGGGGAGGAAUGAAUUAGAGGAGAAGUACAAACAAAGUGAAUUGGACGUUACAGUUCUGAAGGAUCAUCUUGCUCUGAGAGGGGAUCUGACAAAACAUGCCCAGUCCCUCUGUCAUGACCUGAGGUCUCGUAUCCGGGAUAUGGAGCAGGAGCUCCGUCAUGAGAGACUGGACCGCAAAGACGUCUGUACAGUUCAUUGUCAGGAGAAGUUAAGCGCUGAGAGGAAAGAGCGUGAACAGAUGCAGCAAGAGAAAGAUGCCACAAUAGCUGAGCUACAAAACAAACUGGACAACAUGGAGAUUGACUAUGAGAAGAUUCUGCAUGACACUUUGGACAGUUUGACUUCUAACCUGGCCAAGGCCCGACUGCAGUGGGAGAAGGAAAGCAUGUCAUCCCAUCAGCAGUACAAAGAGCUGCUUUUUGAUUUUGGAUUGAACUCAAUGGACAUCUGAAAGCUCGUGUCAUGUAACAGGACUGUGCACGGUGAAUAUUUAGGGACCCAGUGAAAGUGCAGAUCUAAAAUCGGGUCCCGGUAUCGACAGUAUGUAAUCAUAUUUUAAUCUAGCUCCUUCGAGAUGCUGAUCAUCGUCAAAUAAAUACUGGCCCUGAUCACCAUCCAAGAGUGGCUUUGGUAAAAGCAGACACACCCGUUGUUCAAAUCAGUCAAGUGUCUCGGAAUAGUAGUCUAGUUAUAUUUUUCUGAUCUGAAUGAAUAAUGUUUCAUGGAUGGUGGUACCUGAAUUUAGAGCAACAAUCCUCACGCUUCAUACACCCUUCAUACAGGCUUCAUACACCCUUCAUACACGCAUCAUACACCCUUCACUGACUACCACAAUGGGACACUUUAUGUAUUGUACGAUCGGACCCUUUCAAUCUGACCGUCUGUGAACUUGUAUUGAAACAUUCUGCCUUUAGCCUUUUCUUGUCACUUGAGAGCAUGUUUGAAUGCAUUCUGCAUGUGAAUAUCCUGCGGAUUAUCUUGCAUAAGCAUGUUCGGUAGGGGUGGAUAUAUUUUUGGUUGGUGCAAAUAAACUCAAGUUUAUAGUGCAUAUUAUAAACUUCUUAAGCCUUUAAAACCUUUGAUAUGUUUUGUUGGCAUGUCCUGCAGCGAAAACACAUGAUGAAAUUAAAAUAUGUAAUUUGUAAGAGAAGAUAUAUUUCAGAAAGUCUCUUGAUGUACAUUGUAUACAUUUUGAACUCUGGUGUGGUACCUCUUUAUGUCCACUAGAUGUGGCCAAUCAUUGCACAUUACAUCCUUUCUUGUACAGUAGGUGAAAGAAAAUCAUAAUAUCCUUCUGCUAGAAAAACUGUACUGAAGCUUCGAUUUGACCAUCACUACCUCUGUUACAUAGGAUGCUAGUUCGUCCCAAGGCCUUACCCCUAAUCUUCCGCCUUCAUGCUGAGGGCCAAACUGAGAGGCAUUAGUUUCCACUUUUCUAGUGUUAGCUGUGACUUGACUGAGAAUCUAACCUUCCAACUUCAGGGCGGACUCUUACCACAGGGCCACUGAAAGGGUUUCAGUAGUUAGUGAUACCCACUCAAAAGCUAUUUGCAUAGGCUCAAAUGUUUGCAUACCCUUGGAGAAUUGGUAAUAAAUGUACCAUUUCCAAAGAAAACAUGAGUGAGCAGGCAAAACACAUGUCUUUUAUUUCUUAUGGGAUUCACAUUCAACUGUAGAUCACAACAGAAUGGCACAAUGACUAUUUCUACCCAGAAACAGAAUUGCAAUUUAAAAAGCCACAGGUGUGGGAAAUUCACCUUCAAUUGCCAUUUUCACCUGUGUGUGUCACCUG